AUGUCAACAGAUUCGUCGCCUUUGUUUUCUCCCCCAUCACUUUCGUCGACAUUAGCAGCAGCAUCACCAUCAUCAUCAUCAGUUGCCACUCCUCAUUCACACAAGGUUUUUGUUGGUGGAAUUAGUUGGAAAGCAGAUGAAAGUGGAUUAGCCAAAUACUUUGGAACAUAUGGACAAGUAGUGGAUUGUAAGAUUAUAAUGGACAAGAAUACCCAAAAAUCAAAGGGUUAUGGAUUUGUCACUUUUACCGAUGAAGAAAGUGCUUUAAAAGUUAAAAGAUCAACUAAUCUUUAUUAUAUGGGAAAAGUUAUGAAUGUUGGAGAUGCAAUGAGAAAAUCAGAUUUAAUUAAUUUAAAUGGGGCAUCAACAAAAGAUUCUCCAAGUCAAUCAUUGACCAAUUCACCAAAUCAACAUGGUUUUAAUAAUAUUAACAACAAUACGAAUGCGAGUAUUCCAUCACCAUCAUCAUCGAAAAACCAUCACAACAAUAAUCAUCAUGGAAAUCAUAAUCACCACUCAUCACAACAACAACAUUCCCAUUCACCCAAUAAUGGAGUAUAUUAUGUCCCAAACAAUGAUGUAGUUUACUUGGGACCUGGUGGAUACAAUUAUUCACCUGAUACCACAUCGGCACCAAUGAUGGUUCCAGUUUAUUAUGCACCACCAACAUACGCUGGCAAUAGUCCAUCGGGUGGACAGAGAUCACAAAAGUCGUCUGUCCCAUCACCCCAAUCAUCAAACUCGACUCAAUCACCAAAUGGAACCAACAACAACAACAACGCUGGUGGGGGUACAAGUAGAGGCGGAGGUGGUGCGGGACAACCAUCUCAUCACACUCAACAAGGUGCAGUUUAUUAUGAACAAGACGAAGAUUUAUCAUACGAACAAGGUGGCUAUUAUGGUCCACCACCAUAUUAUUACGUUUACGAGGGUCAAUACCCAUCAGCAUCUUAUCCUCCACAAAAUGGAUAUAUUUCCUCUUCACCACAACAACAACCACCACAACAACAACAACAACAAAAUUCACAUCAAUACCCACAUUCACCAUCAGCCAAUGGAUAUGUAUAUCAUCAACAACAACAUCAACAACAUCCAUGGUAUCAACAACAACAACAACAACAACAGCAACAACAACAACAACAAAACUAUUAUCAAACUCCAUGGGCUACAACAAAUACACCCAAUUCAACAUCACCAUCUAAUUUAAAAUCUCCAAAGGUCUAA